AUGGAGCUCUUACAAAGAUGGAACAAUAAUACAACUUCUCAUCUAAAAGAUUUCUAUACCUCGUCUUCCACACCAUCUCACUAUUUGUAUUACUAUCGACAACAACAAAAUUAUGAGAAUGAUUACCGAAUCAGGAGUGUCGUGGGCCACAAAGAUAGUAUUUACUGUGUUCAAUUUGACAGACGUAAAAUUGUUACAGGAAGUCGUGACAAAACUAUAAAGUUCUGGCACCAUGAUAACCCAUCUCAUUGUUAUAGAACUUUAUGUGGCCACGAAGCUAGCGUGCUUUGUCUUCAAUACAACGAUACAAUCUUGGUUUCUGGAUCAUCGGACCAUACCGUGAUUGUCUGGUCAAUGAAGAGUUUUGAAAUCCUUUACCGACUCUCUGGCCAUUUAUCUGGUGUAUUAGAUGUUUGUUUUGAAGACGCAAGCGACAACGACAAUCCUCUCAUCGCAAGCUGUUCAAAGGAUACUACCAUCAAAAUUUGGAAAGAUCAACGGUUGGUACGGUCAUUAUGUGGGCACAGGGGACCCGUAAACGCCAUUCAGUUUAAAGGAACUCGCCUCGUUUCGGCUUCGGGGGAUACCACGAUCAAACUGUGGGAUAUGACCACUGGCAAAUGUCUACGUGACUUUGAAGGCCAUACACACGGGCUAGCUUGUAUUCAAUUUGAUGGUAAAAAAAUUGUGAGCGGCGGCAACGAUAACAAAAUCAAAGUAUGGGAUGCGGAUACUGGUGACUGUAUUUUUACUUGUACAGGACACACGGGCUUGGUGCGGUCAUUGUUUUUUGAUCAAGACAAAAUCGUGAGUGGAAGUUAUGAUCAAAGUAUACGUAUCUGGAGUAUCAAAACCGGUGAGUGUAUUCGAAUAUUCAACAGAUGCCAUACAAGCUGGGUAUUUGAUGUUAUGUUUGAUGAAACACAGAUCAUAAGUACCAGCCAGGACCAAAAAAUAGUAAUCAUUGACUUUGCUCAUGAUUUGGAUACCACACAUAUAGUAAAAGUGUAA